AUGCUGAAGUUACCUAUGGCUUUUCUCGUUGAGGGGGGUUUAUCUCCUUUUGUCUAUAUAUUGCCAAGCCACCAUCUACUAAUACCUGUACCUCUCUAUAUACCAUGGCACCCUAGAGGCUCCAGAUCAAUACAACAGUCUUCCACUACGCCACCACCCAAAACUUACACGACAUAUUCGUUUAUUUUUUGGGUGAGAUAUGUUACAUGCAGAAUUCCUACCUUCCGGUUAGCCCUUGACCUCCUCCACUGGAUGUCUUUGCUCGAAGUAUUAAUAUUAUCCAGGAUAUGGAUGCUUGAAGAUGAAUGUAAAUGGCUUACGGUCUUCGGUAAUUGGGUAACUUUCUGGGUCCUCAUGGUCGCCAUCAUCAAACCCAUCUUCGAACUAAUCUUCGUCGCCUCUUUCAGACCCAGUUUUGUAACUAACCUUCAAACAAGACUUGAGCCAGUAACGUUAUUUGGGGCAUUUGCCAUUUGA